AUGGCAGAAGUUGGAGCGGCAGUAGGCCUAAGCCUAAGUAAAGCAGACUAUUUGAAACGAUACUUGUCUGACGCUUCUGACGAGAAAAAGAAGAGGAAGAAGAAAAAACCCAAGGCAGCAGCCAUCGCCCCUCGAUCUAGGAUCGUAGAUGAUGAUGUGGACUUUACGACAACAUUGCCAGGAAAUCUGGAGAACACGUUGGAUGAGGAUGUUGGUGAUGAUGACCCAACAGUUGCUGAAGUUAUAGAUGAACGCCCUGAUCAUGUGAAACGACUGGAGGCUUACAGGCAAACAGACAGCAAAUGGAGGCUCAUGAACAAAACAGAUAAAGGUAAUUUCUGUCCAAAUGAAAUGUUUAAACAUAAUAAUAUCAACUGAAAACAAUUUUAAAAAUUUCUAGGCCUU